AACGACGUGGUAGAAAAAAAAAAAUAAGAAUCUGGCCUUGCGUGGAAUGACCAAGUUACUUACUCGAUUUAUCAACGAGUUAUCAAAGUCUAAUCUUUAUUUGUAUAAUGCUGAUGUUUACGGGUGCUAAUGCUAUCCAUUCAAUGGCCUACAGAAAGUAGUUGCACUUCACCUUUACAUUCGUUCCCGAGGUAGCAUAGUACGAGUUAAUGUGAACGCGAAAUUCAGCCAUUCGGAUGUGAAUUCGCUGAAACGCAUGAAGGAAGAACAUGAGGAAAGAAAUCCGGCUCGACUAACACGACUAACGCGUCUAGGAUCCUUUCAACGCGAGUCUCAGAAAAAGAAGGGCAAACGGAGUAAUAAAAUUGUGCUAUCGACCGAUUACAAAUCUAUUACCAACUCGAACACUUGUCCUCGUAAAGAGUAAAACAAGCAUGGUCGACGUGAUAUUAAUGUAAUGUACAAGUCUCUUUGAAGCAUAGUGUGUUAAAAAAUGUC